AUGCCAAACCCAUCUGACAGAACCACUAGAAAUCUUGCUGCUUACAAGAGAAUGCAAAAGAUUCGUGAUCUUUAUUCCAGCAUCAUCAUGGAUCCAUUAUGCACCAUUCCUGAAGAGUUGGAGCGCAUGGUUGAGAAAGUUGAAGUCAACUCUCGCAUCUUCACCGAUGAUCUUUACCUUCAACAGAGUAUAAUCACCGCAUUGGAUUAUUUACAAGAGAGUUAUAUGAAAUUAUAUGAAAGAGUGUGGACUUUGAGUGUCCUCGAUACACUUCAAUCUUUGUUGCCGAGAGGGAACCUCAACCCUAUCAGAGAAGACCCAAACACAGGUAGCGUUAGUCGAGGCGGAUUGGAGCUUUUUUUAUUGAAAGGCUUAGGAAUUGACUUUACACCUAGGGUCAAUGGUGUCUUGAACGCGAGAACAGAAAUGUUUCCAGUAGACGAAGCUGUGACUGAAGUUCUAGAGCGAGUUGAAGUGAUUGAAGACCUCGGGUUCUUCCUUCGAUGGACUGGAAUAGACUCACCUAUACUCAUAAGCAUACACGACCAACUGCUUCAAAAUAUGUCUUUGGCUAAACCGGGAAUUGCGGAUUCAUUGAUAUCCCAUUUAUUGCGUUUCAAGAUUGUUGAAGAAACUACACCUGGAGAAAUCAAACGUAUAUACCAGAUAAUGCAACAUCUACACUCCUUUUAUCCAGUUACGAGGCAGCUUGCUAUCACAGAAGCUCUGGAGCGAGUCAAGCUGAUAAUGGACAUUAGAUUCGGCCUUAUCAACUAUGCACUAUAUCCAGAAAUGGAAAUGAAGAUUGAAGAGGUGUACAAAAAAUUCAUUAAAGUAGAAUCUUUGGACGAUGCAAAUAUUUUAAAGUUAUUGACAUUGCAAUGUUUGGAACACAUCAGUUUGAAAGCUAUUGCCAACAAAUCGUACCCGGACUCUCAAGAGCUGGCAAUCACUAAGGGUCUCAAGCGAGUCGAGUGGAUUUUGAAGAUCAGAACGUAUCUUAAAGAUGCUGAACUACACGAACAAAAAACUCAAAUCACAGAAUUCUACAAAAAAUCACUUCCAACAAGCUCUUUAGACAAGACCAGUAAUGUGGAAUUAACAUUGGAAUGUAUCCAGCACAUUGCCCUCAAUAUUCCUGGUGACCAAGCCGUCAGAUAUGUCUAUUCAAUAUUAGGAUAUCUGGAGGAGUUUUAUGAAUCUUCCAGACAGCUCAUUGAAUCUUCGUUAUCAACCAAUAAACCAUUCAGAGCAAUUGACCUGUGGGUCAAGUCCCAAUCAGAAUUACAGCCUCAUCUUCAAGCAUACUUCAAGAAGGAAGAUAAGGACCCUUACAUCAUGCACCUUUUAUUGCCUUUUGAAAGCCUGCACAUGGUGGAUGUUUCGUAUGUCAAGCAAUGUUUACUUAAAUUGAAUGUCCGAGAUUCAGUACUCACUUCAGGUAAAGGAGAAUUAUAUGGCCUAGAUUUUAAAAAUGUGGAGAAAUAUCAUGAAGAUCAAGACUUUUUCAUUGGAAUGAUGUAUAAAUUAAGUCCUUACAUUGAAGGACUUGAAGAAUACCUGAAAAUGCAUGUGUGGAAAAAUGAAGUCAUUCCAUCUUGGUACCAUGGCAGCUCCAUGCACCAGAGCAUUCACCUUGAUACUUUUGUAGCAGACAGUGGUCAUUAUGGAUUUUUAUCAAGUCUAUUACUCUCAGAUGAAGAUGAAGACUUCAAAGGAAACCUCAUUGGUGAUAAAAAUUAUGAACAAUGUGCCAUUUGUAAAGCUGGAUUCUUGAAGUGGCAAUCCCUUGUAAAGUUAGAAUGUGGGAAGGUACCCCACAUGUUUCAUGAAGAUUGUUUAAAUUUGGAUUGUGACAUCUGGUGGCAAGAAGUUCAAUUGUCCCACAUGUAUGAAGCGGACCAAAGCACAGCUUACCCAAGAUCAGCACCUGUUCUGGAGGCCACUCAAAGCUCAUCAUAA